UGUGGCUGUGCAGGCUUGAAUGGUUCUCUGUGUCCUGCUCUGAGAUCUGCUGUCGGGUGCAUUGAGGGGACCUCAGGAAGCUCUGAGAUUUAGACAUGGAUGCAGUGACUUUUGAUGAUGUGCAUGUGAACUUCACUAAAGAAGAAUGGAAUUUGCUGGAUCCUUCCCAGAUGAAUCUCUACAAAGAUGUUAUGUUGGAGACCUACUGGAACCUUACUUCUAUAGGUUACAAUUGGGAAGACCAUCACAUUGAAGAACCAUGUCAAAGUUCUCGAAGACAUACAAGAAGUCAUAGUUGGAAGAAACUCUAUGAAUGUAAUCAAUGUGGUAAAGCCUUUUCCUCUCACAGUAGUCUCAGAUAUCAUAAAAGAACCCAUACUGGAGAGAAACCUUAUGAAUGUAAUCAUUGUGGUAAAGCCUUUGCAACACCCAGUCAUCUCCAAAGACAUAAAAGAACCCAUACUGGAGAAAAACCUUAUGAAUGUAAUCAAUGUGGUAAAGCCUUUUCCUCUCACAGUAAUCUCAAAUAUCAUAAAAGAAACCAUACUGGAGUGAAACCUUAUGAAUGUAAUCAAUGUGGUAAAGCCUUUGUAAGACCCGCUGAUCUCCAAUGUCAUAAAAGAAGCCAUACUGGAGAGAAACCUUAUGAAUGUAAUCAAUGUGGUAAAGCCUUUGUAGCAACUACUACUCUCCGAAGACAUAAAAGAACCCAUACUGGAGAGAAACCUUAUGAAUGUAAUCAAUGUGGUAAAGCCUUUUCCCGUCAAAAUAGUCUCAGAUAUCAUAAAAGAACCCAUACUGGAGAGAAACCUUAUGAAUGUAAUCAAUGUGGUAAAGCCUUUUCCUGUCACAGUAGUCUCAGAUAUCAUGAAAGAACCCAUACUGGAGAGAAACCUUAUGAAUGUAAUCAAUGUGGUAAAGCCUUUGCUAUAUCCAGUCAUCUACAAUGUCAUAAAAGAACCCAUACUGGAGCGAAACCUUAUGAAUGUAAUCAAUGUGGGAAAGCCUUUUCCCGUCAAAAUAGUCUCAGAUAUCAUAAAAGAACCCAUACUGGAGAGAAACCUUAUGAAUGUAAUCAAUGUGGUAAAGCCUUUUCCUGUCACAGUAGUCUCAGAUAUCAUGAAAGAACCCAUACUGGAGAGAAACCUUAUGAAUGUAAUCAAUGUGGUAAAGCCUUUGCUAUAUCCAGUCAUCUACAAUGUCAUAAAAGAACCCAUACUGGAGCGAAACCUUAUGAAUGUAAUCAAUGUGGGAAAGCCUUUUCCCGUCAAAAUAGUCUCAGAUAUCAUAAAAGAACCCAUACUGGAGAGAAACCUUAUGAAUGUAAUCAAUGUGGUAAAGCCUUUUCCUGUCACAGUAGUCUCAGAUAUCAUGAAAGAACCCAUACUGGAGAGAAACCUUAUGAAUGUAAUCAAUGUGGUAAAGCCUUUGCUACAUCCAGUCAUCUCCAAUGUCAUAAAAGAACCCAUACUGGAGCGAAACCUUAUGAAUGUAAUCAAUGUGGUAAAGCCUUUGCAAGACCUACUACUCUACAAUUUCAUAAAAGAACCCAUACUGGAGAGAAACCUUAUGAAUGUAAUCAAUGUGGGAAAGCCUUUUCCAGUCAAAAUAGUCUCAGAUAUCAUAAAAGAACCCAUACUGGAGAGAAACCUUAUGAAUGUAAUCAAUGUGGUAAAGCCUUUGCUACAUCCAGUCAUCUACAAUGUCAUAAAAGAACCCAUACUGGAGCGAAACCUUAUGAAUGUAAUCAAUGUGGGAAAGCCUUUUCCCGUCAAAAUAGUCUCAGAUAUCAUAAAAGAACCCAUACUGGAGAGAAACCUUAUGAAUGUAAUCAAUGUGGUAAAGCCUUUUCCUGUCACAGUAGUCUCAGAUAUCAUGAAAGAACCCAUACUGGAGAGAAACCUUAUGAAUGUAAUCAAUGUGGUAAAGCCUUUGCUACAUCCAGUCAUCUCCAAUGUCAUAAAAGAACCCAUACUGGAGCGAAACCUUAUGAAUGUAAUCAAUGUGGUAAAGCCUUUGCAAGACCUACUACUCUACAAUUUCAUAAAAGAACCCAUACUGGAGAGAAACCUUAUGAAUGUAAUCAAUGUGGGAAAGCCUUUUCCAGUCAAAAUAGUCUCAGAUAUCAUAAAAGAACCCAUACUGGAGAGAAACCUUAUGAAUGUAAUCAAUGUGGUAAAGCCUUUUCCUGUCACAGUGGUCUCAUAUAUCAUAAAAGAACCCAUACUGGAGAGAAACCUUAUGAAUGUAAUCAAUGUGGGAAAGCCUUUUCCUGUCACAAUAGUCUCAGAUAUCACAAAAGAACCCAUACUGGACAGAAACCUUAUGAAUGUAAUCAAUGUGGUAAAGCCUUUUCCUGUCACAGUGGUCUCAGAUAUCAUAAAAGAACCCAUACUGGAGAAAAACCUUAUGAAUGUAAUCAAUGUGGUAAAGCCUUUGCUACAUCCAGUCAUCUCCAAUAUCAUAAAAGAACCCAUACUGGAGAAAACCUUAUGAAUGAAAGCAAUGUGAGUACUAAUCCCUUGUGUGACACAGUCAUCACCCCAUACAUAAAAGAACACAUAUGGCAGAAAAACUGCAUGAAUAUAAUGAAUAAGGUAAUCCCUUUUGAGGCCAUAGUCAUCUCCAAAUACACGGAAAAACUGUGCAGUAGAGAAACCUUAUGA